GGAGCAUGGCGUGGAGACAGCUCAAAGUGAGUUCAGCUGGUGCGGCCCUGCAGCGGCGAGGAGAGAACUUGCGGGAAGAAGCGGGCCCAGGAUGCCAUGGUGAUACUGGGGGGCGGAGGACUUCUCUUCGCCUCCUACCUGACGGCCACGGGGGAUGAACGUUUCUACGCGGACCACUUGAUGCCGGCUCUGCAGGGGCUGCUGAACCCCGAGGCAGCCCACAGGCUGGCUGUUCACGUCACCUCCCUGGGCCUCCUUCCUCGUGCCACGUUUCAAGACUCUGACAUGCUGGAAGUGAGAGUCCUGGGCCAUAAAUUCCAAAAUCCAGUAGGAAUCGCUGCAGGAUUUGACAAGCACGGGGAAGCUGUGGAUGGACUUUACAAGAUGGGCUUUGGUUUUGUUGAGAUAGGCAGUGUUACACCAAAACCUCAGGAAGGAAACCCCAGACCCAGGGUCUUCCGCCUCCCUGAGGACCAAGCCGUCAUUAACAGAUACGGAUUCAACAGUCAUGGACUCUCAGUGGUGGAACACAGGUUACGGGCCAGACAGCAGACGCAGGCCAGGCUCACAGAAGAUGGGCUGCCACUGGGAAUAAACCUGGGGAAGAAUAAGACCUCGGUGGACGCUGCCUCGGACUACGCAGAGGGGGUUCGAGUCCUGGGCCCCUUGGCUGACUACCUGGUAGUGAAUGUGUCCAGUCCCAACACAGCUGGGCUGAGGAGCCUUCAGGGAAAGGCCGAGCUGCGCCGCCUGCUGACCAAGGUGCUGCAGGAGAGGGAUGCCCUGAAGGUAGUGCACAAGCCAGCCGUGCUGGUGAAGAUCGCUCCUGACCUCACGGCCCAGGACAAGGAGGAUAUUGCCAGUGUGGUGAGAGAGUUGGGCAUCGAUGGACUGAUUGUCACGAACACCACAGUGAGUCGCCCUGCCAGCCUCCAGGGGGCCCUGCGCUCUGAAAUGGGAGGGCUGAGCGGGAAGCCCCUCCGAGAUUUAUCAACGCAAACCAUCAGGGAGAUGUAUGCACUCACCCAAGGCAAGAAUCUGGUGUCCCUGUCUUCAGAUCUACGUGUGGCUCAGGCGCCGAGUAGAGUUCCCAUCAUCGGGGUUGGCGGUGUCAGCAGCGGGCAGGACGCGCUGGAGAAGAUCCGGGCGGGGGCCUCCCUGGUGCAGCUGUACACAGCCCUCACCUACCGGGGGCCGCCCCUGGUGGGCAGAGUCAAGCGGGAGCUGGAGGCCCUUUUGAAGGAGCAGGGUUUUACCAGAGUCACAGAUGCCAUUGGAGCAGAUCAUCAGAGGUGACGAUGGGUCGGUGGGAAGCCUGAUCUGGAACCGUCCCGCUAAAUCAAGCGAGCCUUUGUGGCUGAUGGAAAGAGGAGACCACAUCCCCAAACCACAGGGGCCCCUCCACCGGCUGGACUGUAAAAGCCAAGCAUGAGGGU